GGUCUCGUUGUCAGUCCGGUGGAGCGGCUCGAGCGGAGCAGAGCUGCUGAGUAGAGAAGCGGCGCGCGCGCGCUCUCACACACCCGGUACUCCCGUUACACUAACCGAGGAUUAUAACCGACACACACAUCCGGAGUACAAACCCCGCUUCAGGCACGAGACAGGAAAUUACCCCCGGACAGAAAGGAAUAAGAAGCAGCCUCGAGACGGAUUAUUUAUUACACUUUAUUAACGGAAUGACGGAGUGUUAAAGCCCCUGCGUCCGCACGCGACUGUGAGUGUGCGCGAGCGACAGUGUGUGUAUAUAUGUUUGUGCGCACGAGAGUGUGUGUGAGGUGAGGUCGCGCGCUCGGAUCUGUAUGGAGGUCUAGAGAAGCGGUUUAUGGUCAUCCUGGGUGCCUCUGGAGUGCGACUGGAAGAGUGCACACCUGUGUGUGUGUGUGUGUGUGUGUGUGUGUGUGUGUGUGUGUGAGUGAGCCGCCAUGCUGGCGUGUCUGCAGCCGAGUCUCAAUGCCACCCACAGCUCCAAGAGCCUGGACACUCCCAGUCUUCAUAAACGUGAAGUCAGCAUGGCUGUCCACUCUCCACGCUACCCGAGCACAGCAGAACUGGAUGCCUACGCCCAGAAGACAGCCAACAGCCCGCUGUCCAUUAAAAUAUUUCCUACCAACAUCAGGGUCCCACAGCACAAGCAUCUUAACCGCACAGUGAAUGGCUACGACACGACGGGUCAACGCUACAGUCCAUACCUCCAACCAGGUGCCUAUCAGGGUCUUCUGGCCAUAGUCAAAGUUUCUUCUUCAUCUUCUUCAUCUUCUUCUGCGCCGUCGUCAUCAUCAUUUGUUGCUUCUGCAAAGGCUGUGGUGAAGAACGCAGAGGGCCGAAGGUCCAAGGUCUCUCCUGCCCACUUAGCAGUGGCUCCCUACCAAGUGGGCUUCAACACAGCACCUCCAAAACCCCCUGAGACUACAGCUCUUACUGUGCCACCCAACGUGACUGUCGCCGGGUCUGUCAUCCCUCUAGCAGGGACGAGGGGCCUCAACCUGUCCUCUCAGUCAAACCUCCCAUCAAUCCAGAGCAUCAUCUACCAGAUCAACCAGCACUGCCAAGCCCAGGCUCUCCAGCAAGUCUCCACCGUUCCCACCAACCCAAACUCCAAUCUCAGCCCCUGCAAGCAAGGCACCACCGCACUCGGGGUUUCGUCCAUCUCAGGAGGAAGUUACACAGCAAACCUGGCACCGCAAGGCAACGUGGGAUACUCCGGCACGGUACUAGCAGGACAAAACGGGGACACGGCAAAGGUGGCUGCAUAUUCUGAGAGUUUGGAUUACAUCCUGUGGCAGAAGCAGCAGCAGCAGGCCAUUUUGAGGAUGUACAGCAGCGGAAGCGGUGGAAGUGGUGCGAUCAGCAAGUCGCCAGAAUCCUGUGGUCCGAGCGUCCUAGUGGGUGGAUCCCAGGCACCGUGUUCCUCCAGGACGUUCCCGUUAAUGACGAGCGUGAGUGGAGGAGGUGGUCUUGACAAACCGAGCUCCUCACCACUGAACUGUGCAGCCAUGCAGGGGAAUUUCGCUUUGGGGCAGUAUUUUGCCCCACCGUGGAACAGUGUCCUGGUCACCCCAGAAAGUGACUGCUACAACCCUCAGGAGUUGCCACCAGGGACAACAACCAUCGGGCAGAAGGAGCUGAGCUUCCUGCCUCAUCAUCACAACCUUCAUCAUCACUACCACCAUCAUCACCAGCACGCGGACGGCUCGGGGGGAAUCUGCUGCGGUUUGCCGAGUAAAAGCUUGUGCAAUACCUCGGUUCUCAGCAGCAGCCUGCAGUCGCUGGAAUAUCUGAUCAAUGACAUCCACCCUCCGUGUAUUAAAGAGCAGAUGCUGGGGAAAGGCUACGAAACCAUCUCAGUUCCACGACUCCUGGAUCAUCAGCAUGCACACAUUCGACUUCCUGUUUACAGAUAGAAGCGCCGCUCCUCCAGAACUUUCCGAUCCCUGUGGAGAUUUGGGGUCAGUUCCUGGGAUGUGAUCUGGAAGCUUCUGGCUGAAAAACUGGGAGGAAAAUGGAAAAGCCGGAGGUCCUGCUUGAGGAUUUUUUUAGUUUUUUUUUUGCCAACAGGGAUUUUUUUUUUCCUUUUAUUUUUCUGAUUUUAUUUUCUUCCCCAUGUUUUCUGUUCGGACAGAAUUCCGUAGGUGAUAAAAAUCCCGUUAUAUCCAAGCAGGAAAUGACUUUCCGCGCUCAGCCGAGUGUCGAGUCGAGGGAGAAGAUUUCAGCUACAAAAUGUAAACACACACUUCUAGAACGUCACGAAGGAAAGUGUUCUGUAAGGAUGCUAGAUUAUAUGACUGGAAAAUGAUAAUUGUAAGAGUAAUUAAGGCUAGAAUUGAAAAUUGCACUGCUUUGGAAAAUCGGAAAAAAGAGAUGGAAAAGCUAGUUUGAGUUUAAUGUAUUUAUGAAACUUGAAAACUUGAAUUUUAUUUUUGUGUUGUUUUCUAUAUUUGUAGUAUAAGAUGUUUCGGCUGCUACGGAGAAAGACGUGUCUUAGUUUUUUAAUGGUUAAUGACCUCUUUCUCGGUUUUUGUUCUCUUUGGGUUUUUUUUGUUGUUGGCUAAAAUCUAGUGAGGUCUGAACACUGCUUUAGUUUCACGAGGAACAAACACUGAAGGCUGACCAUCAGCUGACCAUCACACAGCCUGUGUGUGUGUAUGUAGUGAGAAUAAAGAUCACAAGCGAAGGUUUAUUGACACUUUGGUUAGAAUUCUGUGGGGUUUAGUUGUAAGGACGUCUGAUUGUUCCCGUUACUCCGCGACCAACAACUGUUUUUAUUUCAGCCAAAAUGAAUGCAACCUUUCACUAGUUCACAGAUAUUAAUUCAGGAAGAAUCCAUCGAGUCAGUUUGUUUUUAAAUAUUUGUUGCUCCUAGCACACACAGUGUUAACACUCAUCAUCAUCACCAUCAUCAUCUUCAUCACCUCCUAGUUUAAUUUCCGUUCAAUUUCAACUGGUGAGAUAAAGGAGUGUGUGGGAGCGGAGACUGACCGACCCGCAGCAGACGCUCCAGCUUUUAGAGAAUCGGGCUCUUCGCUCUGGUCAGUGUGGAUUCUUGUGGUUCUGCUCACUUCCUGUUGUUAAUUAUUGCUAAUGAGUCACGUAAGAGCUAAUUACUGGAAGCAGGAGAGAAACGCUGAAUCCAACAUUUUAGAAAAAAAAAAAGAUGAAACAAUCAUUUUUUCUUCAAGUCUUGAUUUCUUGCUCUGAUGGAGAGAGUGAAGGUGUGGAGUGCUCUCUCUCUCUCUCUCUCUCUCUCUCUCUCUCUGUCUGUAUUCCAGCUGUGAAAGUCCCUGUGAAUCUGCUGCACUUAUCUGACAGUGUGGACGAAGUCAAAAGCAAAAAAAAGAAAGAGAGAAAAAGAAGAGAAAUUGGAUCGACGCAGCGGCACUCUGUGCUGAAUUAGCUUUUUUUCUCACUCAAGUUUUAUUAGAAAAUUCAAUUCCUAAACUCGAGAGAGAGAGCGAGAGAGAGAGACAGAGAUGGAAAGAGACACAGAGAGAGAGAGAGACA